CCGCUGCAAUAAAGGCAGAUAGCGGACCAUGGGGAGCAGGGGAAACACUUCAUAUCCUAACAUGUUAGCGAAAUGACUCUUGAGUAACAUCUUAACUGGGACGAGGCUCCCGGCGUGAGGAGGACAGGGCCUUUUUCCCGAAAUUAAAAAAAGGAGAACUUGCCAUCUGCCGGGGAACGGGAACGAAAGAGCAAGAGAGGCAACAGAGUUGAGACCGGGUCCAAGAAACAAGCGGUGGAAAAUCCAGCAGAGCCAUUUGCAUUGAAAGAUGAGCUUGUUGUCUGCCAUAGACACGAGUGCCUCCGUGUACCAGCCUGCGCAACUUCUCAACUGGGUCUACCUCUCCUUGCAAGACCCCCACCAGACCAGCGCUUUCGACGCAUUCAGACCCGAAUCCAACUCUUCCCACCCGGAUCUCGGUUUCAGCAAGACCCCGGCACCGGCGGACUUGAGCUCUUCGCUGAACUCCAACUAUCUCAACAACUUCUUUCAGCUGCAGAGGAAUGAGGCCCUAAACAACAAUGUGUAUAAGAAUGUGUCGCCCUAUGGCUCCCUGAACAACAUCGUGGAGGGACUCAACUCCCUGACGGACCAUUUCUCAGAUCUUUCCCUUUCUUCUGAGCCACGAAAACCAAACAAAAGACCCCCCCCCAACUACUUGUGCCACCUGUGCUUCAACAAGGGCCAUUACAUCAAAGACUGCCCUCAGGCCAGACCCAAAGGUGAAGGGCUGACCCCCUACCAGGGAAAGAAGAGAUGCUUCGGAGAGUACAAGUGCCCCAAGUGUAAGAGGAAGUGGAUGAGUGGCAACUCCUGGGCCAACAUGGGGCAAGAAUGCAUCAAAUGCCACAUCAACGUCUAUCCACACAAACAGCGGCCUUUAGAGAAGCCGGACGGCCUCGAUGUUUCUGACCAGAGUAAGGAGCACCCCCAACACCUGUGCGAGAAAUGUAAAGUCCUGGGCUACUACUGCCGCCGUGUGCAAUAAUCCUCUUUAUUCAGAGCCUGAGAGCAGCUUUUGUGUCCCAGGUCCUAUUGCUCGUCCCACAUCAAGGCUGUUAACUUCCUCCCCUCACUUCCAGGUCUCCCUCAUCUCUGCCCUGCACACAACACGGCAGCCUUUCCUCCUCCCGUCUUCCCCCAUUCUCUUAGAAGACUCAAAUAUAGACAGUGACGCUAAUCGCUCCUUUCCCGCUUCUCAACCACGCUUUUUUUUUUUUGUUGUUGUUUUUUCCGAUGACAGUAUUGACGGUUGCAUCCAGGAAUGAGAGGGACAUGUUAACUUAAGGAUCAACACCUCCAAGUGCUCCUCAGCGAAAGCAAAAACCUCUGCCAAAAUCACUGACCUUUUUUUCCCCCGCGCCUCGCGUGUCAGAAACCGCACGACCCCGAUGACCCGACUCCACGUUUCCAACAACAAGAAAUGGUGCGUUCGUGAAUUAGCGUGUGUUUCAAUGGUCUGGGUGCAUUACCUCACCGUGGGAUUGGUUGGCUUCGUGUUUACAGAUAUCAGCCUUCCUUCUCCUUGCCAAGUGAAGUGUGUAGUAGUGCGUCUCUCAUGAUAGUGUAGUGUAUUCGAGGCCUUUGAUGUCUCGUUAGGGUCAGGAGCACAUCUUAUUAACUGUGAAUUAACUGAGGGACAAUGUGCCAAACAUCCCCAGCUUACAUUGGGCCUAUUUAUUUUCUUGUUAUCUAGUGUGCAAUUUGAAUUUUUAACUUUGACAUAAAGAAAUGUUUUUUUUUUUUUUUGUAUGUUUGUAUAUCACAUUAUUGUGUAACUGCUUCCAAGUGUCUUUAGAAACUACUGUAGGUUCCGUCGCUCCGUGUCUAGAUUUAGUGUGUUUUUGUCACCCUCUCUAGAGUAUUUUUUCUGCCACACUAUCUCUUAAUCAUCUAUAGUGUUCGAUACAGAUGAUGUUUCUGUAGGCAAGUUGCUUCAACUAUUUGCUACUCAUAUUUUCAUUACAAUUACAAAACAUUUACCUGGUUGCAGGUAAGGCCUGAAUAGAUUUGAACCACAAAUUAGGGAAAUACAACAAAAAGAAAGAAAAGGAAACCUUUCCACGGGUUUGAACCUUUGGGAACAAUGUCCGACAGUUGAGUGCCGAGUAAAGAGUGUCUAGAGGAGCUGACGUGAGGAGAAUUGUGAUGAUUUUCAGGUCGGUAGAGAAAAACAAUGAGAUUCAAUAUAGGUGGACGGAUUUGUAAUGCGGUGAUGUUGAAGAUUCAAGGACAUAAUGACGAGUGAAGUUUACACUUAUAUUAUUUUUUUAUGAAUAUAAGUGCCUACUAUUAUACACCAAUGUCUUUAUAGGAAGAAAAGUUCACAUCCUGUUUACAAAUAUCGUCGUGCAGUCAAAAGCACUACAGCGGAAAUUACUGUAGCUUUGACUUAGAAACCUGCCUUUCAAGGAACCUUGUUAUAGAAAUGCUAAACUAUUUUAUACGUACUGUACGCCUAGCCUUAUAAAAGCUGGUUGAGCAUAUUUUAUGUUGUAAUAUACUAUGUGCCUUAAAAAUAUUGAAACCAUUCUGAAGUAUCAGGACUACACGAGGCCUCUUGAAAUUAGAAAAGGACAUGUGGGGUGAAGGAAGUGUACGUGCACGUGGGAACUGUGGCGCAUAGUAAGUUUAAUGCAAGUUAAAGACGUGACAGAGGACAAGAGAAGAACGCGGCUGAUCCAUUCGCUCGUACUGGCGCGCUGGGUGUUCGCUCCAACACAGUUUGUGGAGUCGGAGGCACAGGCUGAAGCAGCAUUUCCAGCUGGCAAAAACAAUCCUACUGUGGUUUGUUGUCAUGGAAUAUCCACAAAAAUGUUAUUUCUUUGUCGAUGCUGACAACACAGCGGAGCUGCUCGUGAAACUGUGGGCCUCACUCUUUGUUUUGUUAAUCUAUUGGAGUGGUGUUCAUCCAAGCAACCGUGGGUUUUGUUAAACAAUAAAAAAGAAAAACAUUCAUGGCCUUAGUGAGAAAGAUUGUGAAAGUGGCUGAUUAUGGUAUUUUACAGGAGGUUUAGUCUGUAAAGUCACUCCAGUGAUUCAGCGGGAGUCGGGAGGCUCCUCAGAAACACUAAGGAAUAGUUGAGAUCCCUGCAGGAUGAGACUGAGAUAUCCAGACUUUUAUUCCCUAAUGUCGUGCUCCUGAAUGCUCGAUCCCAACUUCCCCAUAAUGCAACUCAAAGGCGUCUUUCAGAAGACUUACAAACUCCUCCAGUUUGCAACGGGCGGUUCUGGUUUAAAUUGCGUCUUCAAGCCCACGCAGACAUGACUGACGUGUCACGUGGAUAAUUUCCUCAUUAUGGAGCGGCUGUAGUGGGAGAAAUAGAUACCAACGAUGCCUCAUGAACCAAGUUCAUAAAUAAGCAACAAUGGUUUUGUGGUUCGUGGAGUUCUGGCAGAGCAGUGAUGAAUCUGGUUGGCGAGUUUGGUCCAGCGCAGAGACGAGUUGUGAGGAGGACGUUUUAAAUGGCAAAUAAAGAGCCAAUGGAAGCAGUUGAUAGAAGAGAUUUGACAAAAAAAAAAGGAAAAUCUCAGCUUUCUGACAUAAUGUCUUGAGCGCAUAUACUUGACUUUUUUAGUACCUUCAUAGUUCAAAUUUGUUAUUUUUUAUGAAUGAGAUGUGUAUUUUGGAACACUUAAUAGAUGUUGAACAUUUUACAGCAAUCCGCAAAAACUCAAGAGUUAUUUCCCUGAAGAAGAAAGACCGUUUUAUGUAUAUAUUUGAUGGCCAUCAUUAUCAAGGAGAGGAGCUCUUUCUAGGUGUUAUGCAAUAUUGAAGCUUUUUCGCGCGAAGAAGGGCCUAUUGCUGAGAAGUAAACAAAGCUGGACGGGCUUUUUCCUGUAUGUUUUACAAUAAUCUGAGGGGUUAUCCUGCAGAGAUAUUUAUGGGUUUUUUACAACAUAUUUUGUAUAGAAUAUGCAACAAGGUUACACAAAGAAGGAAAUAUUGAUGUCUACAUAGAGUAUUAUAAAAAGAAAAGCUGGUACAUAAUUAAUAGCCUCUCUCAAUUGUAAGCCAUUGUAUGUUUGUGUUUUGUUGAUUAAGUCACUAUGUUAUUCAGUGGUUAUAUGUAACUAAUUAUGAGCUGUCAUUUACAUCCAUACACUCACAUGUAUCCAUUAUGUAAACAAUAUGAUGAAGGUAUGUAUCGUGAUAACAUGCAGAAAUCUUUGUGUGACGGAUACUCACCACUGUAUAAGCACAUUAAACUGUGAGAUGUAGUUUGCUUAAAGCAGCAAUAACAAAGAAACUAUUAUAAAAUGUUACGGUGAUAUCAGUAGUUUAGGGAGUGUAUACUUUUGUCAAGAAAAGUGUGACAAAGAACUAUUUUAGAGUUUGCAUGUGCAUGUAUUUUGUUUGAGUUAAAUAUUAUUUUGUGCAAUGUAUACUUAUUUAAAUAUUUUACAGCAGUUUGCAACAGCGCAUCUUGUUUUUAACAUUAUCAGCAACUUCUGAGUAUAGUGUGUCAUUUAGCAUCUACAAAUAAUACAUAUUUACUGAAUGUAAUGUGUUCACGCUUGUGUGGUCAAUUUGAAAAGUUAUGUUUGUAUUCUUGCCUGUCUGUGUCACUCGGGAUGUUUGUGUUGCGAUAAUGUUUUACUUUGAAUUGGACAGAACGCAGGCGUGAGGUGGGGAAGAAUCAUUUUGGGAAACAAGGACAGUGGUGGUGGUUUUUCGAGAGUCGACCACAGGUCUGUUUUUCAUGUCCAUGAAAUGGCAUUCCAAAAUGUGCCUUAUUUGUUAGUUGAGAAAACAUGUUAGUCCUUAAGUGCUGUUGGGAGUUAAAUUAAAGUCAUAUUAAAUUAAGA